AUUUACCCAAAAACAAGAAACAUUUCCACUUCAAACAUUUAUGAACACUCCCCCAAACCUUCCUCCUCCUCUUUCCUAAACAAGAUAAAACCUUCCCAGUUCCCACCACUCCAUGCGCUCCUGACCUCCGAUCGCUCCUCCUCCGAUCACCGCCGCAGAUCUCUGAUCCAUCCUCAGGCAGGAGGUGUUCGGGGAUCUGUACCCAAUGGAAUCCACGACUCCUAGCCCUUGUAAGAUCACCCUCAAGCUCAGAAGAGACGACGAACAAGAACAACAAGAGCCGAAAACGAACGACGACAAACCCGCCCAGUCUCCUUCGUCUUCCUCCGUCUCGUCGCCGCCGUCUUCCCCUUCCUCCUCCGACGAGAUUCUCCAGUCCCAUCUUCAAUCCCAGGAGCUCGUGCUCUACGAUCCCGCCGUCGCCGCUAAUGCCGGUGGCGACGCCAAUCGCCGCGCUGCUACAGUGAAUCGGAUUCCGAAUCUGAACAAAUCCAUUUCUCCGGUCUCGGUUUCGAAUAGUCAAGGUCCUAGGGUUUUGCCGUCGGUCGGGGCCUUCACUGUGCAGUGCGCCAAUUGCUUCAAGUGGAGGCUGAUUCCGACGAAGGAGCAGUACGAGCAAAUCCGGGAGCACAUUCUGGAACGGCCGUUCUACUGUGAGACUGCAAAGGAAUGGCGGCCGUCGAUUUCGUGUGAUGAUCCGGCUGACAUUACUCAAGACGGGAGCCGGCUCUGGGCCAUUGAUAGGCCCAACAUUGCUCAGCCACCGCCCGGCUGGCAACGGCUACUCAGGAUUCGAGGUGAAGGAAGCACCAAGUUUGCAGAUGUUUAUUAUCAAGCGCCGUCGGGCAAGAGACUUCGGUCCAUGGUGGAGGUUCAAAAGUAUUUGAUUGAACAUCCUGAGUAUAUGGUGGAUGGGCUAUCUAUGGCACAAUUUUCAUUUCAAAUUCCUAGGCCUCUGCAGGAGAAUUAUGUGAGGAAACGCCCUGCUGCUCCUCGUUUGACAGCUGCUGCCCAUGCUAGUAGAACUCUUGAACCCACUGAAGCAAAUCCCAUAGCAUGGGCUGGUCCAGAUGAUACAGAGUUGCAACUUGGUUCUCCGUACUUGGAGGCUCAUGUGUUUGACCCUGUUGGUCGACCUACAAAGAAGCGAGCCAAAACAAGAACUCCAUCAAGGGUCUACAAUAGUAAUUUAAAUAUCAGCACAGAGUCGAGCUAGAAGGGCCUAUGUCAUUCUUGAAACUAGUUGCUCUUUCUUGCUCUCUCUGGGGACCUUUUCAUGUUGUAUCUGUCUUGUUUUUCUUAUCUCGGCUUGUGUUGGCUUACACUAUAAUGUUAUAUACAGUAUAUCCAGCAAAGAAUAGGAAGGGUUUUGAACUUGUGAGGAGAGGAAAGAACAUUUUGGGGUCUAGGGCAUAUUGACAUGCUGUAAGCUUGAUUCUCGUCUUGUGCAGAAAAAAAAAAAAAAAUCAAAAGAAAUUGAAG